UUCAAACGUAUUUUAACUAACAAACAUAAAUAAACUCAAGUGUGCUUAGUAUUUGUCGCGCACCAUGUUGAUGUACGCGCCGCUAGCAUUCAUAGCCGUCGGCUAUCUAGUGUAUUGGUACAUCACCAGAACGUUCAAUUAUUGGAAAAAUAGAAAUGUGGCCUACCCAGAGCCGGUACCGUUGUUUGGUAACAUAAAAGAUUCAGUUCUGCGAAAGAAAUUCAUUGGCGUCGUCUUUAAAGAACUUUACGACCAAUUUCCAAAAGAAAAAGUAAUAGGAAUAUACAGAAUGACCACGCCGUGUAUUCUGGUCCGCGACCUGGAUAUCAUGAAACAGAUUUUGAUAAAGGACUUUAAUUUAUUCGUAGACCGUGGCGUAGAUUUCAGCAAGGAGGGCCUCGGAGCCAAUUUAUUCCACGCGGAUGGUGACACAUGGAAAGUUCUUCGGACCAAGUUUACCCCUAUAUUUACAUCAGGAAAAUUGAAGAAUAUGUUCCCCUUAGUAUCAGAGCGCGCGGACAUGUUUAUUGAGAACAUGAAAAAAAUCUGCAGAGAGAAACCGGAGCAGGACUUACAAAGUCUUUCCAAAAAGUACACGAUGUCGACCAUCUCUGCUUGCGCAUUCGGACUCGACAUUAAGAACGACGAUGAUACUAACUUCGCAGUCCUUGAGAAACUAGACAAGCUCAUAUUCAAACCAACUUAUGGAUCUGAAUUGGAUAUGAUGUUUCCCGGAAUUUUGAAAAAAAUUAGUUCUUCUUUAUUCCCUGCUGAAGUGCACGCGUUUUUCAACGAUCUUGUAAAAUCAAUCUUUGAACAAAGAAAAGGCGUGCCAUCAAAUAGAAAAGAUUUUAUGGAUCUCAUAAUAGAAAUGAGGCAGCAAAAAAUAGUUCGAGCUAAUAAGAACGUGGAUGAUUCCGAAGUUUCAUUAGAGCUGACAGAUAGCCUAGUAGCAGCUCAGGCUUUUGUAUUUUACGCCGCUGGAUUCGAGACGUCGUCCGCGACGAUUUCGUUCUUAUUGUAUGAACUGUCACAAAACCGAGACGUUCAAGACAAGCUUAUAGCAGAAAUAGAUGAAACUUUUGAAAAGUGCAGAGAGACCAUAUCUUUUGAUGUAUUGAUGGAAAUGCCAUAUUUGACCAGAGUGUUUGAAGAAACAUUGAGAAAGUACCCUAUUGUUGAUCCGUUGCAGAGGUGUGCGCAAACGGACUAUAAGAUUCCUGGUACUGACAUCACUGUAAAAAAGGGUCAAAUUGUGCUGUUUCCAGUUCUUGGAAUUCAUCACGAUGAGAAAUAUUAUCCGAAUCCGGAAGUGUUCGAUCCAAAUAGAUUCACCCCGGAGAACUCCAGAGACAGACAUCCCUGUGCGUACCAGCCGUUCGGAGUUGGACCCAGAAAUUGUAUCGGGAUGCGGUUCGCUAAAGUUCAAAGUCGGGCGUUCAUAGUAAAGUUGCUGUCAAACUUCCGCGUCGAGGCUUCGGAAAGGACGCCCUUCAAAAAUUUCGACGGCAACCGAGUUGUGAUGGCACCUGAUGGUGGAAUGUAUUUGAAUUUCUUUUCUAGGCAGAAACGAUGAAAUUACAAUGUUGUACAAGUGAGACUUUGUACAUACUUAUAUCUUCUAGAGCUGAAACGUAACAUUAGGCGUAAAAUAAAUAAAUACUUACCUAUGUAGCAGUGGCAUAUAUAGGAUGAUAGUGAUAUCAUAACGAAUGAUAGGGAUGAUUCAGUUCAUGAUUCUGAGUUAAUAUCAGGUGAAAGUUAUACUUUUGCGAUGGAAAGUUCCAUUGAAAUUUCAACUCGGAAUAAUAAGCUGAAUUAUCCCCCUCAGUAUUCGAUACCAUGACACUUACACCCCUAACAAGUAACAAAUACCGAGGGGCAUGAUUCAGACCAUGAUUCUGAGUUGAUCCCAAGUGGUAUUUUCAUUGUAUAAAAUUAUUUUCAGUUACAUUUGCGACAGAAAAUUCCACUUGAUAUCAACUCAGAAUAUCAGAGUCAAUCAAUAAAUCAAUCUCAAAGUUUUCGUUACCAUGUCAGUUAUACCUUGUAUAGGUUUAUGUUAUGUUAUUUUAAUUCUCGCUUGACGCUCUCUGUUUGUCUAUUUUUAACCGACUUCUAAAAUGAAGGAGGUAAUCAAUUUGAUUGAUCCCCAUGCAUGUAAUAUUGUAGGAAAUGCGCUGUAGAAUUUAGAGUCUAACAUUGUAUUCAACUUAACCAAAUAUUAUUUCUUACUUUUGAUUAGACAGAUUUUGGAGUCGGUAUAUUUUUUUAAAUUACUUUUUCUGUGAAUCAUAUAGAAUAUGCCCGCAGUGGAGCAGCGUGGGGGCUGUGUUCAGUAGCAACGUAUGUAGGUAUUUCUUUUGUAUUUUAUGUAGAAUACCUAUCUGUUAUCUUCGCUCUCAAUAGGUACCUAGUGUAAUCAAAAUGGAGGUUGUGCAAUGUCAUGAUGAUUGUGUAAAUAUUUU